AUGCAGGGCUGGGAGAUGGCGGGAGACAGCGUGCACCUGGGGAGCGGAGCUGCGGCUCAGCUCCUUCGUGUGCCGGAGCACCCGCCAGAGAUUUCUGAGCCCCCCCCCAGUGCUGUGGGCGCACCAAAAGAGCUCAGCCCCUGGGUCUUGCUUCCAUGGCUGUUUGUGAAAUCCACAUCGAGGGGCUACAGGAUCUUCUCCAAGAGCCCGGACCAGGUGCAGCUGCAGGAUAAGAAUGAGAGGCUGUACGGGCUCGGAGACCUACAGGAGAGGAUGGGGAAGCUGGCUGGCUCCAAAACAGAUUUGCCAGCCAGAAUGGUCUUCAGUGAAGAGGAAAAACUGAAGAUUUCCAAAGACCUCGUUGAUCUCCAGAUCGAGACAAACAAAAUGAAGGAACAGUAUGAGACGGAGAACUUUGAACUGAAAAAUAUGAUCCUGGCCCUGGAGAACCGUGUGCUGGAGCUGGAGCUCUGCAGUGAGAAAGUCACCGGGGAGCGGGAUGCCUUACGGGAACGUCUGCACGCUCUGGAGACCAGUCGGAAGGAGCUGGCGGAUGAGUACAUCAUUUUGAAAAGCAAUUACCUGGCCCUAGGCAAAGAACUGGAGCAGGAGGUCGUGAAGAACGAAGAGCUCAGCCUAGAGCUGCUCAACCUGGCCAAUGCCAAGACAACGGUGCGCCGUCUCUCGGCUCGGAAGGUGAAGCCAGAAGAUGUAGUUGCCUCUGAACAUGAGCGGCAAAAGCUGGAGAGAAACUUGCUUGGAAACCAGGAUCACAUAAAAGUGGAGCUUGAAAAACUGAAGAAAACCUAUGAUUCGCAGCAGCAGAAGCUGGAAGAGAGAGUGAUCACGAUGGGGAAGGAGCUGCAGGAGGCGAAGGGAGCGAUUGGGGACACCCAGCACAAGCUGGCGGAGCAGUCAGCGGUGCUGCUCACCUCCCAGAGCCAGCUCCAAGAGGUGGAGGCGGAGAACUCCCGGCUGCAGCUCCGGCUGAAGGAGCUGAACGAGGAAUAUCGCUCCCGGCUCGCACAGUACAUCAAGGACGUGGCGGACUAUAUGGACAGCAAAUCCAGCAAUGUGAUGGGGCCUAGCAAAGCCCCAGCUGAUCAUGCUCCCAUGAAACACUUUGUGGACAGCAUGCUGAAGGAUAUCAGGGCUUCCUACAGGUCUCGGGAAGAGCAGCUAGCUGGAGCGGCACGUGGCUACAAGAAACGCAUGAAGAACUUGGUCAAGAAGCAUGAGAACCUGCUGAUUGCUUAUGGGCUCCAGCGAGAGCAGAUCCGGUCCUUGGGCAGCAGCGCUAUGGAUUGUGGCCCUGCCGAGCUCCACUUUUCCAUCACAGACCCAGAGCUGCUGACAAACGCAACCCGGGAGCUAAACCGGCUGCGGGAGGAUAAAGCAAAACUGGAGAUGCAGCUAUAUGAAUUGCAGAAGAAAAAACUGAAAGAAACCUCUGGCUUUCCGCUGUCUCCUGAGCAGCAGCUGGAUGAGGAGGGCUGGGCACAGGUCAGGAAGCAGCUCCGGGAGUUCGCACACACCACCCAGGAGGAUUUGGAGCAGGAGAGGAGCCAGCUGCUGACUCGGGCGAUCGUGGCAGAAGAGCAGGUGUCGGAGCUGCAGGAAUACAUAGAUAAGCAUCUUGCAAGGUACAAGCAGGAGAUCCUCCGCUUGAGGAAGCUCGCUGGCAGUGAGGUGCCACGUGCGCUCAGUGCUGGGGCGGCCGAUACUCACUCACUGCCCAGAGCCAGAAGGACCGUCAGCCACCAACCGUAG